AAGGAAAUGAAAGAGGUUGAGACUGGAUCCACAUUUGACUUUAUUAUUGAAUUAGCAUAAGGAGGUAAUGUUAGAUUACAAUGGUCUUAGUUGCAAAUAUCAUGGUUUGGGAAUUGCUUAUGAUUAAAUUGGAAGAUUUCACCGAACCAGUUUAAUAUAUUGUAAAUGAAGUGAUUCCUAGAGCACAAGUCCAAGAGUCAAAUGAACAACUGCUUGUUAAACAAAGAUAUGCAAUCAAGAAAUAUAAAACAAAAUGGAGGAUAAAUGUAAUUAGUAUUAAAUAACAUUCAUAAAUUCCCCGGCAGGCACUCUUCUGAGUAUUGGAUUUUCUGAAGUUCUAUACACACAGGGAAAUUAUAAAUUCUCAAAGACAGGAUGGCAGCUAAGUCAUAGUAUAUAUAAUACAGAGAUGUACCAAAAACAGAGACAAUACUCAUCGCUUUGACAUCAUGAGUCAAGAAAAAAUGGACACCGAGAAAACUCCCAAUAAUCUAAAAAACAAUAAUUGGGUGAAACUGAAUAUUGGAGGUCAAUUAUUUGAAACUAGUCGCUCAACAUUGGAUCGUCUCGAUAGCGCUUAUUUCAACAGAUUAUUGGACCAUCAGUCGGGAUUUGAUCAACCACCAGAUGGCAUCUACAAAAUUGACAGAGAUCCUGACAGUUUUCGAGUUUUCCUCAACUUUGCCAGAUAUAACAGAAUUGAAUGCCUACAACCUGAACUACUUCUAGAAGAUGCACAGUUCUACCUUAUGGGACAAAAUGUUCUCAACAGUAUACAGGAGUACAUAGACAGCACACAACAUAGCAGUAAAGCUGCAGUCCAAAACACAAUACUUAUGAGGCACCCUGUCUUCUCAAAAGCAUCCGAUAUCAAAGACAGCAAUAAACUCGACAGGGAUCUCCUGAAAUACUGUCACCAUAACAAAAUUGGGAUAUAUCUUGGCGAAGACCUAAUCAGGCAUGGUAUGGUGCGUAAGCCAGUUGAGGAUAUCAAAUGCAUUCCCACAGGAAUUCACACUAAAACAUGUGAUGUUUUGAAGUAUAUUAAAGGUUAUAAGACAUAUGUCACAGAAAAAAAUUACAUUUUUUUAGAUGAACUUGAGGAUAAGUCAUUACAGUGUAUGGAGUGUAAAGUGGUGAUUCCAAUAAAACGUGACCUAGGGUGGUGUCACAAGUGUCUUUUGUGUUACAAGUGUCAGGGUCCAUGGUGUGUCUCACCAGAAAGUUUCUUAUGACGCUAAUUAGUCUCAAAGAAAUCGCUUUCAUAAAUAGUCUCAAAGAAAUCUCUUUCACAAAUGUUUCAUAAAUAGCCUCAAAAAUACUUGUUUUUUGAGAAAUAUCACUCAUUAAUAUUUCUAAUUACUAAAAAUGAGUCAAAAUAUUGAAUGGGUUAUAAUCCUACAUUCUGUUUGAAAUAUUACUAGUCUGCCUUACAUUUCUAUUAUCAGGUUGUUAAAGAAUCUCAAUUAAAAUGUAGGCUGUGAUGUUAUCAAUUAUGCCAAAGAUAUCUCUCAAGAAAAACAUGCUUGCUACUACCUAAAUAGGAUUAUAUUGAUUUGCUAUAAUUAUCAUAGAUUACAUCUGAUAUGCCACUUUUAGAAUUUAAAAACUUCCAAAUGUUAAUCACUAUUGAGUAGUCCCAUGAUUUUCCAAGGUUUCUGCUUGAAGACCAUGUAAAUACUGAACAUAUAUAGACAUUGAACAACAGAACCAAUCAAUAUUUGGUUCAUAAAGAUGUUUUUAGUUUUUACAUAUUAUUACUGUGAUAUAUGCCUCCCAGUGGAAAAAUAUGUUUUUGGCAAAUCACACAUAUAACUUCUUACAAAGGAAUGUCUUCAGAGGGUGGUCAGUUUUUUUAUUGUUACCCAGUUGAGGAAAGGAUUGGUAUUGAUAUGGCGUAUUGAAUUCAACAUUGUUUUUCUCGCAAACCAAUUAUUGAAAACAUUCUGAAAAACACGGUCCUUUAUAUAGGUCACUGAUUGACAACAAUUUAAUG